AGUUGCUCAAAUUGCUGUCUCAAAAUGUGGAGAUCUUUGCCAAAGCAUCUUACUCGGCUGCCUUCUUAGGAACAGCUUUUCUCCAGUCUAUUUCUGAGACUGACUUAUAUAUCCCUAAUCACAACAAGCUCCUAAAGGAAACAUAAUUUUCUGGUUAGCUUAUUCCAUAAUUCUAAUAAUGCAAGUAUUCACAUAGAAUUUUAUAUAGAGAGAAUGUUGGUUAUUGUUUCAAUAUUAUACAUUAGUAAAAUUCAUUAAAGAACAUCUGAAUAGUUAUGGCCAAUAUCAUAUGCUAUUAAUAUAAGUAGAAAUAACAUGUUUCAUUUGUUUAAAGAUUAGAAAGUAUACUUCUAAACUUAUUCUCAUUUACAUAUUCUAUGGGGUUUCUAAAAUUCUAAGUUAGGGUCUGCAAUACUUACCCUAACUUUAUAAAUGAGCACAUAGAACCUAAGAGAGGUUAGAUGAUUUCCCCAAGGUCAACAUGGAAUAUGGAAAUGAGACUGAAAUUUAAGUCUUCCAAAUUAAAAUCGACAGCCUCCACCAUUCCCCAUACUGUAGUGCAUCUGCUCUUGUGUAGCACACACAGAUAAGUGAAUUACCCAACGAUUAUUCCAAACUCUAUAAGUAGACAAACUAUGUCUUUUCUCUCUUCCUCUAUACCACCAGAACAUCAUAACCUGUGAUUCACAUCUGCUAGUCUCAAAGCACUUCAGCCACAAAGCAUACAGCACAUCAUUGUCCUCCUAAAGCAUAUUUGAAAGUAGACUGUUGGGAAUGAUUAAGACAGACAAUAAUAGACUGAUUAAGGAUGGUAGACCAUUUCUGACAGUGCAUAGGAUUAAAUACGCUAAUCAGAUUUUGGAUUUAGAGAACCCAGAUAAAUCCAAAGUAGAACAAGACAAGGAACUCAAGCCUGUAUUUUCUUGCCUUUCAGAAUAACAUAUUUGUAUUUUAUCCAUGUCUCCUUCAGAGAUGAGCAAUUUAUGAAGGCUUUGCCCAGGGCAGUGAAAGCUGAGGACGCACAGCUCCCCAGAAUGAGGAGGAAAAGAAGAAAGGCCUACAAAAAAUGGAAAAUCUUGAAUACCACACUAUGUGCAUCUCAGCCUGCUGGUCAACCAAGCCAAAAAAAUAUAAAAGAUCUGGAAAAGGAAGUCAAAGGAGACAUUUCGAAGGCUGUGUUUCAUCAGACUGGGGCAUCAGGGAAAUCUCAGGAAAGCAGAGAUGAGCACAUGUCUGCUCCUAAGAUGAACGGGAAGCAGAAUCCCUCCUUUCUCCCUAAGGAUAAGAAACAGCCUCCUUCUGACAACACAAAGUAUAAGGGGAAGGAAAACGAAGGCCCCCCUACUGCCGUGUCUCAUCAACUCGAGAAAGGCUUACCAGCAGUCCCAGCUGAUGACUGUCAACAAUCACCAGGGAAAAUUACACUACAGCAUCUCCCAAGCACAGUAGAGGUCGUAAAAAGAGCAAAAGGAAAAUUUACUACAGAAGUGAAAUGUGGGGCUGUCAGUGUUCAGGUAGAAAUCAAGAAAAGCUUUUUCUGCAAAACAGGUGCCCAGCUCCCAACAAAAACGAGAUGUCCAAGGUGUCACCAGAGUUUCUCCAUCAGACACGGUAGGAGAUGCUACACGUCUCGGAGCUGCUUUCCUAAAUCCAAGAAUGUUUUGGCUGAAGAACGAAAGCCCGAGGUGUCCUCUAAGAGCAAGGGAGGAAUCGCCACACCUGAGAGCCCCACCCUGCAAGUUAGCAUUGUAGGCAGAGAAAUUAAAGUCAAAUACAUGAGUGAGAUGCAGGACGUUUGCAUUAACAUAACUCAUCCUAAAAAGCGGGGAAAAGUCACGAAGCGCAGGAAUGUUUCCUGCAAUCAGAGUGCUGAAGAGUGUUCCAGGCCUGCUUCACAGUCCACCGUGAGACACCCUGAGAAGUGGAGGCUUAGAAAUGGGUGUCAGAGGGCAGUGGGUUGGACUGUCUUGCCUCCUCCUGUGCAUGCUAUCCAAGGGGAGGAUUCAAGCACUCUUCCCACGUUGCACAAUACCCCGAAGAUCUCAAGUGUCAGUAAUCCAGGUGUAAGUGCAAUGCCCUUUGCAGAUGAGGAUACAGAGAGAAAAAAUGAACUUGGUAUCCCAGAAAACAUCCCAUUAGACUCCAGUGCUCAGCAAAGCACAGGAAGAAUAAAGCCUUGGCCAAGUACCACUACUGACAUCUCCCCAGAUCAAGAUGGCAAUGACUCUGACCUUUGCUCUUUGUCUUCCCUGAGCAGGCAGCUGACAGAAGAGAAAGCAGCCAACAUCUGCUGCAGAGGUGGUGAAACUCCAGCCACUGAAUACUGGGAGAGUGGGGCAAAUUCUGCAUCCUUCCUUCCCAGCCAAAGUGCUCCAAAGUCUUCUACCUCCUUCAGUCUAUCUCACUGGGCCAUGAAGCAUCCGGAACCUAAAGAAACCCUUGGGAACACAGUUUGCUUUUAUCCCUGCACUGAAUUUGAGUUGAACAAUGAGAAAGAGCAUGUUUCUAUGACUGACAGAGACUGUGCCCAAGCCAUUUUACAUGGUGACUCACAGCCACUACUGGAGAAGAGUCCCCAGCAUCCAUCUCUUGAGCCUGCAUUCUGUGGCAGCCCCACUGCAGUUAGUCCACCCCCAAGUAUUAGCCACAGCACCGUGGAAUGGGACCCAACAGAGGCCUGUGCAAGUCAGACAGCAGCCCUCAGCAAAAUAAAAAUGGCAGUCAUGCCCUUCCUACCAAAUGAGUUAGAGCAAAGGGCAAUUACCCCAAAUGAUAAUGAGGACAUGGUUGAUUCUAAUUGUCCCAUGGGAAUGAAACACUCCAAAGAGUCACCCAGCUCUCUGGGAAAUGUUGAAAAAGACAGAUGGCAGAUAACACCAAGGAUAACGGAUGCUUGCCACAAAGAUUUAGAAGACCUGUCAAAUGGAAAUCACAAUGAAGUCUUUUUUCAAAUGGAUUUCCCACCCAGUGCAGCUGAGUCCAAUAAGGCAGAGUGUGCUAUAGAUAAUCUAUUUCUUAUCGAGAAAACAGUGACCAGUGAUGCAGACCCAAAUGGCAACCAUGAUGAAAAAAGUCUUGGACUAACCAGUUUUAACCAAGAGCCAGCAGUGUGCCAAAAGAUUCCAUCAACAGGGCCAAAUUCUGAAGGAGAUGAUAACAAAAAUGAUUCAAGGGAACGUUACUAUCACCAAAUAGACAUCUUGCUGUCACCUCACAAGCAGGAGGCUUUCAAAGAUGAGAAUUUGGAAAUAAAUAGCCUCCGAAAGUUGUCCCAGGAGUUGGCUGCAGGAGGUGGAAGAGCCAGUGACGGUUCCCAGGAAGAAGCCGUAGACCAGUGGGCCAGAAGGAGGCAGCAAUUCAAAGACGGCAAAAGGUGCAGCUCAGCCGGGGGAAGUUCAUUUGCCAGCAACAUCACGGAAGGAUCCAUCACCUCAGAAGAUGGCCGUUCUGUGGAUCUUGGUUUUCGCUUUGAUAUUGAGGAAAAGGGAUUCUACACGGAGAAUUUUCAUUCGGCAGCCUGGGUUUUCCGCGGGGAUGACGGGAAUCCUGAGGACAGCCCCAGAUGCCUUAGUAAAAAACCCCGACCAGUAGCUGUCCGUGAGCGAACUGUGAAACUCUUCAAAGGAACCGGGGAUUAUCCUUGGGGCUUCCGAAUUGAGUUCUCCAAGCCAAUCAUGGUGACGGAAGUGGACACCAACAGCGCCGCCGAGGAAGCUGGACUCCAGAUAGGCGACGUGGUGCUGGCGGUCAACGGCACCGAGGUCACCAGCGCUGAGCACGCAGAGGCUGUGCACCUUGCAAGGAAAGGUCCAGACAUCCUGACUCUGGUGGUGGGCUCUGACAUCAGCCGCUGUCCCAACACCCCCUGGCCCACCUGCCGCGGCUACCUGCACAAGAGGACCCACUCGGGCUUCGUGAAGGGCUGGAGGAAGAGGUGGUUUGUGCUGAAGCACGACGGCUGCCUCCGCUAUUACAAGCGCAAGAAGGACGAAGGAAAAUGGCCGCCUCUGGAGGUAAUAAAAUUGGAAGGCGCCGAAGUCAGCGUUGAUAGCAGCCUGGGAAAACCAUUUGUGUUUAACUGUGUGCCUCAGUCUGGAAAUAGAAUUUUUUGCCUCUGUGCAACCUCAAACCAAGAAAUGAAAAGGUGGCUUGAAGCAAUGGACAAAGCAGCCCACCCUGUCCACCAGAGCCAUGUCUGGGAAGAUGUCACAGUGCACAACAGCAGCCUCCCGCCCCUGGCUAUCAAGAAUCCAGAGUGCCUGGGCCUGCUGCACCAGCUGGAGAGAGGCUCAGACACGUGGGUCCAGCGCUACUGCAUUCUGAAGGACGGCUGCUUGUACCUGUACGCUAGCAUCCGCGCCACCCAGGCCUCAGGUGGCCUCUAUCUGCAGGGAUAUAGAGUGAGUGAACAGCCCCUCAGCCUCAAACAGUCGGUCAUUGAACUCAAACCUCCAUGUGAAGAGUUCAAGACUUUCUACUUCUGUGCAGAAAAUAAAACAGAAAACCAGCGCUGGAUCACAGCUCUGAAAAUCUCCAUCAAAAAAUGGGUUCCUUUGCAGCAAGCUAUUCAAGAUUUCAUGAAUCGACCUCUGGAGGAGACCAAAAUGUGAAAAACAAAUCCCCAUCCUUUAGACGAAGGACGCCCAACAUCAUCACCAGCUUGCAUGAAGAAGAAAAAUGGUUGUCGCUAUAUGUCUUUUCAAAGGAAUGCCCCUCCAAUAUCCUAAAUUUUGUGAUAAAAUUGAAUAUGGUUUUGU